UAGCUGCACCACUAGAAAGAUGGCGGAGCAAGAGCAAAGAAAAAUCCCUUUGGUUCCAGAAAAUCUGCUGAAAAAGAGGAAGGCUUAUCAAGCCCUCAAAGCCACCCAGGCAAAGCAGGCACUUUUGGCAAAGAAGGAGCAGAGGAAAGGAAAAGGGCUCAGGUUUAAGCGACUGGAAUCAUUCCUGCAUGAUUCCUGGCGGCAGAAACGUGACAAGGUGCGUCUCGGACGACUAGAAGUGAAACCUCAUGCCUUGGAAUUGCCAGACAAACAUUCCUUGGCCUUUGUUGUACGCAUCGAAAGGAUUGAUGGAGUGAGUUUAUUGGUGCAGAGAACCAUUGCAAGACUUCGCCUAAAGAAAAUUUUUAGUGGUGUCUUUGUAAAAGUCACCCCCCAGAACCUAAAAAUGCUGCGUAUAGUGGAACCUUAUGUGACCUGGGGAUUUCCAAAUCUGAAGUCUGUUCGAGAACUCAUUCUGAAAUGUGGACAAGCCAAGGUCAAGAAUAAGACCAUCCCUCUGAUAGACAACACAGUGAUUGAGGAGCACCUGGGGAAAUUUGGCGUCAUUUGCUUGGAAGACCUCAUUCAUGAAACUGCCUUCCCAGGGAAGCAUUUCCAGGAGAUCUCAUGGUUCUUGCGCCCUUUCCACCUCUCAGUGGCCCGACAUGCUACCAAAAAUAGAGUGGGCUUCCUCAAGGAGAUGGGCACACCUGGCUAUCGAGGUGAACGCAUCAAUCAGCUCAUUCGCCAGCUGAACUAGACCCAGGUGUCAAACUGCGGUAAAUUUUUAUCAAUGAAGUGGAAGCAUGUGUUUAAUUGUUUUGGGAAUUUUUAUCAAGUAUCUUCAGAGAAGAUUAUUUCCUGCUUUAUCUUCAAAAACUGGAAAGGAAGGGUCAAAGAAAA